AUGAAUCAAACUUCCUCCACAACGGGAACGAGCUUUCAAGCCAACAACGCUCCUUAUACAUCGAUCAACGGGAACCAAACAUUCUUCACGGACACACAGGACGCAGAAUUGACCGACGUGGUGGUCAGAGGUGCCGACACCUUCCCGCCGGGCGCCUUGCCUUAUGGCUCGAGCGUCAACUUUGGCAAUGGCUCAGUUGGUAUUAGGGUCCACAAUGCCGCCAUUACCGCGUACACAGGGAAUGGGCAAAACGUGAACCUCACAGAAUUUUCCUCCUAUUCUACCCUCCGCGCCCCAGGGUCACCCCGGAGGUCCUCUAUUACUUCGCAUUAUCCUCGUAAAGAAAUAACCCCCCUCCAUCAUCCAGGAUAUCCCGCCACUGCACCGAGUACUGGGCCCCCACCAACAAUGAUGUUCCAACAACAAUAUACAGCAUCCAGUGGGUCCAACGUAUCCAGUGGGUCCAACGUGGCCCAUUUGACGAUCGCUAGCCAAGCUCCCUUGCCCAGUAGUACCAAUAUGCAUCCUUCAGCGAGCACCGCUCCAUACACGACUUCGUCGUUCUACGCCAUGACCCCGAUGCCAUCCCCAACCCCACUUCCACCGCAAGGGACACCUUCAAGGGGCUCAGGCCGCGGUCACUAUCCACACACCCCAUCCAGCACCCAUGGGACGCAUAGCUCGACGCAUAAUCCCUCCAGGCGCCACCGUGCUUGA